CGCCACUACACCUCUCCCGGGCACUGGGACCGCAGGUGGCUGCCCGUCCCUAGCUGUGGCUGAGCCAAGGCUGCCCCUGUGAGAAGGCCCGACAGGCAGGAUGGGUGACAUGGCCAACAGUUCCAUCGAGUUCCACCUCAAGCCCCAGCAGCAGCGGGAGGCCCCCCACGCAGGUGGCUUUGGGUGCACGCUGGCUGAGCUGCGCAGCCUCAUGGAGCUCCGCGGGGCCGAGGCGCUGCAGAAGAUCCAGGAAGCCUACGGGGACAUCAGUGGGCUCUGCAGGAGGCUGAAGACCUCCCCGACAGAGGGUCUGGCAGACAACACCAAUGACUUGGAGAAGCGCAGGCAGAUCUAUGGGCAGAAUUUCAUCCCUCCCAAGCAACCCAAGACCUUCCUGCAGCUGGUGUGGGAGGCCCUGCAGGACGUGACCCUCAUCAUUCUGGAGGUGGCUGCCAUCGUCUCCCUGGGCCUCUCGUUCUAUGCACCGCCUGGAGAACAGAGUGAAGCCUGUGGGAAUGUGUCAGGUGGGGCAGAAGACGAGGGGGAGGCCGAGGCUGGCUGGAUCGAAGGGGCCGCCAUCCUGCUGUCUGUCAUCUGCGUGGUGCUGGUCACGGCCUUCAACGACUGGAGCAAGGAGAAGCAGUUCCGCGGCCUGCAGAGCCGAAUCGAGCAGGAGCAGAAGUUUACGGUCAUCCGGAACGGGCAGCUCCUCCAGGUCCCUGUGGCCGCGCUGGUGGUGGGAGACAUCGCCCAGGUCAAGUAUGGAGACCUGCUGCCCGCCGACGGCGUGCUCAUCCAGGGCAACGACCUCAAGAUUGACGAGAGCUCCCUGACCGGAGAGUCGGAUCACGUGCGCAAGUCGGCUGACAAAGACCCCAUGCUGCUCUCAGGUACCCAUGUCAUGGAAGGUUCUGGAAGAAUGGUGGUGACGGCCGUGGGCGUGAACUCCCAGACAGGCAUCAUCUUUACCUUGCUGGGAGCUGGCGGGGAGGAGGAGGAGAGGAAGGAUAAGAAAGGCAAGCAGCAGGAUGGGGCGAUGGAGAGUAGCCAGACGAAAGCUAAGAAGCAGGAUGGGGCAGUUGCCAUGGAAAUGCAGCCCCUGAAGAGUGCCGAGGGUGGUGAGAUGGAGGAGCGGGAGAGAAGGAAAGCCAGUGUGCCCAAGAAGGAGAAGUCGGUCCUGCAGGGGAAGCUCACAAAGCUGGCCGUGCAGAUCGGGAAAGCAGGGCUGGUGAUGUCCGCCAUCACCGUCAUCAUCUUGGUCCUCUACUUUGUGAUCGAGACCUUUGUUGCGGACGGCCGGGCGUGGCUGGCUGAGUGCACACCGGUGUACGUGCAGUACUUUGUGAAGUUCUUCAUCAUCGGCGUCACGGUGCUUGUUGUGGCUGUCCCGGAGGGCCUGCCUCUUGCUGUCACCAUCUCCUUAGCGUACUCUGUCAAGAAAAUGAUGAAGGACAACAACCUGGUACGCCACCUGGAUGCCUGUGAGACCAUGGGCAAUGCCACAGCCAUCUGCUCAGACAAGACGGGCACACUCACCACCAACCGCAUGACGGUGGUCCAGUCCUACCUAGGGGACACCCACUACAAAGAGGUCCCGGCCCCCAGCGCCCUGACCCCCAAGAUCCUCGACCUCCUGGUCCAUGCCAUCUCCAUCAACAGUGCCUACACCACCAAAAUACUACCUCCAGAGAAGGAAGGCGCUCUCCCACGCCAAGUGGGCAACAAGACGGAGUGCGCUCUGCUGGGCUUCGUCCUGGACCUCAAGCGGGACUUCCAGCCCGUGCGCCAGCAGCUGCCGGAAGAUAAGCUGCACAAAGUGUACACCUUCAACUCGGUGCGCAAGUCCAUGAGCACAGUCAUCCGCACGCCCGACGGCGGCUUCCGCCUCUUCAGCAAGGGGGCCUCGGAGAUCCUGCUCAAAAAGUGCACCAACAUCUUAAACAGCAACGGUGAGCUCCGAGGCUUUCGGCCUCGGGAUCGGGACGACAUGGUGAAGAAAAUCAUCGAGCCAAUGGCUUGCGAUGGCCUCCGCACCAUCUGCAUCGCCUACCGGGACUUCCCUGCAGGCCAGGAGCCCGACUGGGACAAUGAGAAUGAGGUCGUGGGCGACCUCACCUGCAUAGCUGUCGUGGGCAUCGAGGACCCCGUGCGGCCCGAGGUCCCCGAAGCUAUCCGCAAAUGCCAGCGUGCAGGCAUCACGGUCCGCAUGGUGACCGGGGACAACAUCAACACGGCCCGGGCUAUCGCGGCCAAGUGCGGCAUCAUCCAGCCCGGGGAGGACUUCCUGUGCCUGGAGGGGAGGGAGUUCAACCGGCGCAUCCGCAACGAGAAAGGCGAGAUAGAGCAGGAGCGGCUGGACAAGGUGUGGCCCAAGCUGAGGGUGCUCGCCCGGUCGUCCCCCACCGACAAGCACACGCUAGUCAAAGGGAUUAUCGACAGCACCACCGGCGAACAGCGGCAGGUGGUGGCCGUGACUGGGGAUGGCACGAACGACGGGCCGGCCCUCAAGAAGGCGGACGUGGGCUUCGCCAUGGGCAUCGCAGGGACCGACGUGGCCAAGGAAGCCUCCGACAUCAUCCUGACCGAUGACAAUUUCACCAGCAUCGUCAAGGCGGUCAUGUGGGGCCGCAACGUGUAUGACAGCAUCUCCAAGUUUCUGCAGUUCCAGCUGACGGUCAAUGUGGUGGCCGUGAUUGUGGCCUUCACAGGCGCCUGCAUUACUCAGGACUCUCCUCUCAAAGCCGUGCAGAUGUUGUGGGUGAACCUGAUCAUGGAUACGUUUGCCUCUCUGGCCCUGGCGACCGAGCCGCCCACAGAGUCGCUGCUGCUGCGGAAGCCAUACGGCCGGGACAAGCCCCUCAUCUCCCGCACCAUGAUGAAGAACAUCCUGGGCCACGCCGUCUACCAGCUCACCGUCAUCUUCACCCUGCUCUUUGUCGGGGAGCUCUUCUUCGACAUCGACAGUGGCAGGAACGCGCCCCUGCACUCGCCGCCCUCGGAGCACUAUACCAUCAUCUUCAACACGUUCGUCAUGAUGCAGCUCUUCAACGAGAUCAAUGCCCGCAAGAUCCACGGUGAGCGCAAUGUCUUCGACGGCAUCUUCGGCAACCCCAUCUUCUGCACCAUCGUGCUGGGCACCUUCGGCAUUCAGAUCGUCAUCGUUCAGUUCGGCGGAAAGCCCUUCAGCUGCUCCCCGCUGUCCACGGAACAGUGGCUCUGGUGCCUGUUUGUUGGUGUUGGGGAGCUGGUCUGGGGACAGGUCAUCGCCACCAUCCCCACCAGCCAGCUCAAGUGCCUGAAGGAAGCAGGGCACGGGCCUGGGAAGGACGACAUGGCCGACGAGGAGCUGGCCGAGGGGGAGGAGGAGAUCGACCACGCCGAGCGCGAGCUCCGCCGGGGCCAGGUCCUCUGGUUCCGGGGCCUCAAUCGCAUCCAGACGCAGAUGGAGGUAGUGAGUACCUUCAAGAGAAGCGGUUCAUUUCAGGGUGCUGUGCGCCGGCGGUCUUCGGUCCUCAGCCAGCUCCAUGACGUAACCAAUCUUUCUACCCCCACUCACCUAAUUCUCUCUAUCCGGGUGGUGAAAGCAUUCCGUAGCUCGCUCUACGAAGGCCUGGAGAAACCGGAGUCCAAGACGUCCAUCCAUAACUUCAUGGCCACGCCCGAGUUUCUGAUCAAUGACUACACCCACAACAUCCCGCUCAUCGAUGACACGGACGUGGACGAGAACGAGGAACGCCUGCGAGCGCCCCUGCCCCCGUCCCCCAAUCAGAACAACAACGCCAUAGACAGCGGCAUCUACCUGACCACGCAUGUCACCAAGUCAGCUACCUCUUCAGCGUUUUCUUCCAGUCCCGGAAGCCCGCUCCACAGCGUGGAGACGUCCCUGUAAGCAGAACUUCUCUCGGCACACGCGCACUCACACUCACUCACGCGCACUCACACUCACGCACACUCGCACGCACAUGCGCAGAUGGGACCCCGCACACCUGCCAAAGAGCGAAGCAACUCAGGUGGCCAAAGACUUUUCUUACACAGCAUUUGCAAGGACCCGAAUCCAUUCAAUAAGGGUGCACCCGCCACAGGCUUCUCAUCCAGGACCCGAGGAGAAGGCGGAGGAGGGAGAGCAGGAGAAGGACGGAGAGCAGGAGGAGGUUCUUCAUUCAAAGGGGAAGAAGCAGCAAGCAGAAGAGGGAGCAGGGCUGUGUGCCCCACCCUUUGCCUGCCAAUGCUUCUUUUCUAACGAACGCUACAACCUCACCCGACGUUUGACACUUGGGCUGUGCGGGGGACAGGGGCUGGCUUGGGUUUAUGGGGAGCUUUGUUGCCCCUGUGCAGGAGCAGUCAUACCAAUAUAUUCAUGCAAAAAAAAAAAAGGCGAGACUGUGCAGGCCUGGGAAGGGUGCCACUGCCCAGACAGGCCACCCGAGGGAGCCACCUGCAAACAUACCUGCAACUGCAAAGCCACCCAUCCCCAGAGCAAACUAGACACAGCUGCAGUACGCAUGUGUGUGCAAGUGUGCAUAUAUAUGUAUGUGUGUGUCCAGACACACACAUACAUAUAUAUAUGGCAAGAUGCAUAUUUAAAGAAUAAGGAACUAUUUAUUGGCAUGAUAUUUCCAUUCCUCUUAUCAGGUGUUUUCAUUUUGAAAUUUCAUUAUUGAAUGUAGCAGGGUUAUUUUCAGGGAACUAGACUGCAAGGAUACCUUUUUGGUUAAUAUAUUUGCGUCCCUAAUCCCCAGCCCUCAGGAUCCCCACCCCUCCACUCCUCCCCUCCAGCCAGCCCUGCUGAGAUUCCCAAGGAGAAGGUCUGGGAAGCCCGAGUCCUGGAGUCACUACAAUGGAGACAUUUGCACUCUGAGACCCCUUGCCUAUAGAGGAGACAGAUUUUUCAAUGAGAUUUGUAUUUAAGAGGAAAAUACCAAAGUAUUGAUGAGAAUGAUCCCCUCCAGUAGGUGGAAGGGGAAGUUUUGCUUUCAGUUCCUUUGGUUUCAACUCCAGUUCCAAGUUCUUAAUUCUUGCUGGUGGCUUCCUUUGUCCACACCUCCAACCUCAAGAACAUGAAGCACUAUGUGCCAGGUGCGGGUCCUGCCCGCACCCCACCCAUCUGAGCUGAUGGGCGGACCUGGAAUUCUGGGAGCAGCCUCAGUAGAGCACAUACAGCCCCCGGUGCCAGGUUCCAGUGGGGAGGGGAGAGGGCCACAAGUUCAAAAGAGACCCGAGAGGAGCUGAGUGUGGGGGAACGACAUCAGCAGCGCGGCCACCGUUCGGAGCCCGUCCUCGGCACCUCUGACUGGGCUCCCACUUUUUGCUUUGGCAAAUGCCCAGAAGUUCUCGCUGGACCACCUCAGUGGCGGCCGCGGCCCGGGACACACCACCUGUCCUGCCGAUGCACUCUUUUGACGUCAGGCCUCUGAUCCAGAGGACAAGUACAACUUGGCACGAAGGCAGGAACCUGCGUCUGCUGCCACUGCUGGCUCUCGUCCUGCCGGGCUCUCUCCCAGGCCGACGUGGCCCACCCGGCACGUGGGGCUGCUCCAUGGCCGGGCAAGCUGAGGCUGAGGCUCCCGAGAGCUCCUGGGAGCCUCUCCUGGCAGUGUGCGCACCCACUGUGCCAAGUCUCAAUUUCCCCAAAUGAGCCUAACCUCGGAGGGAAACGCAGAGAAGGCAGAGGACAUAGAGAGAGUCCCGACUUCUGCUGCCCUAUUGAGGAAGCCAAGAUGGCCGGACCUCUUCCUAAGGGAAGGCCAACCCUACCCUCUGUCCCCAGGUUCCAAGUGUGGACACCCACAGCGACACCAGUGAAGUGGGCGGCACUUUGCAGGAAGGCGAUUGAGGUCCAACCACAGCUGCUAUCCAUGCCUGUCGCUCAGGAGCGGAGCCCGCCACACCCCCACCAUGUCCCCACCCCGCACUGACCCAGUGCCUCACCUGCCGCGGCACCCACGCAAAGCCAAACGUCCCCACCAGGAACACCGAUGCCACGGCAGCCCUGAGCAGGAGCAGUCAAGUCUCGGGCAAAAGAAUUUGGGUUAGAAAAGAAAAUCCCACUUUAAAAUGCCAGCUACAGAUAACUUAAAGCCAUCCCUUUUUUUCUAAAGGGCACAUUGAGAAUGUUACCCAUUUGUAACUGUUCCCUGAUGUCCUCGUUUAAACGACAACAAAAGAAAGGGUAACUCAAUUUGUUGAGGGUCUUUGUGUUCUUAAAUAAGAAAUAAAAGUCAGAAUGUUUAACUUGAAGAAGAUAAGCUGUGGAAUGCGACACUCAUGGGCUGCUUUUCACUCUCUGUUGUGGACACAUUGAUAGAACAAAUGGCCAACAUACAUUAAGCCAAACUCACCGCUGCUGUAUAAAGUUGCCUAAUGUACACGUCGAUUGUUUAGUCCCUGGGCUGCCUUUGUGCUGGGGUGUGGGGUUCAGAACUCGGAUCUUUUGCUCUGGUUUUUGUACAGUCUUCAGGCCGAGGGACCUGUCUUAUCGGGAAGCCCCUCUUUACAAAGCAUUAUAUUACAUGGAAUGGCUUGGUCAACUGUGUUCAGUUAAUAAAUAUGUUUUACAUUUUUAUCUGCCUGUUAUAAAGAUGAAAAAAUAUCUUAAUGAGAAAGACCACAGAUGCAUAAUAACAAAGUCUGUAGUUGAAUUUCCUAAUUUAAAGAAUAGACCAAAAUUUCUGUGUGUAAGAAAAAAAAAAUGAAAGGCUCCUACAAUCCUG